AUGGGAAAAUGGCGGCUGGACUACAAAAACAGCGUGGCGGCACGAGCCGCGUCGCAUGUCGCCGUCAGUGCCGCCGCCGCGGACUCCAAGGGCCGCUACUUCGUCGGACACCGACGCGACGGCGUUGCUCUCCGCUACGUGCUCGACUACCUUCGCAGCUCAGAAGGUGAUCCGGCCGGAGAAUUUCCAGAGGACCGAGCGGCUGCUGCAGAGGCCGAGUUCUUCCGGCUGCCGAGCUGGAGGAGGCGCUCAAGUCGACCGAGCAUCGGCCGACUGCGGGUGGGCGGCGAGCGCUCGCGGGCUGCGUGAACCGUCGGCUACCGCGGCACGUCGCGCUUCGGCCGCGACGGCCUGGCCGACGUCAAGUUCCGCAAGCUGGCGCGCAUCCUGGUGUCGGGCCGCGUCACGCUCUGUCGCGAGGCGUUCGGCGAGACGCUCAACGAGUCACGUGACCCGGACCGGGGUCACGUGGACCGCUACACCAGCCGCUUCUUUCUCAAGCACUCUUUCCUCGAGCAGGCGUUCGACAUGCUGUACGACGCCGGCUUCCGCCUGGUGGCCAGCUGCGGCUCCAGCACGGCCGGCAUCCCGGGGGUCUCGGAGAAGCCCGGCUCCGACUCGGAGGAGAACCCCGCUGGAAAUCACUACAAUGAGUUCGUCUUCGUACGCGACUGA